AUGCUUCCAGCGAUCCUCAUUUUGAAUGACCGCUACUAUCCGAGUUCCGCAAACUCCCCUGCUAAAGUUGGGGCGACUGCUUUUGCGUUACAAGUGAUACGAGUUCUGGAGGACGCGGGGCUGUUUGGCGGCGUGAUUCUCUAUGAUCGUCAGGACCACUUAGCGGCGCCCGUUGUACAGCUUGUGACAAGAGAUUCAACACCAUGCGUCAAACUGUCUUUCAAUUUUGGCAUGGACACCGUGCAAGUUCGGUAUGCCUUAUAUGCCGCCACAGCUCUACUCAUGGCAAACUUCUCAAAUAGCCUACCACCAAUGCUAUAUUAUCAAACCGACACACUCCUCAGAUAUCAUCCAAAGCGUCUACCUUAUUGCGUCACCCACCACGGCCCUUUCUACGGCGAUUUCACUCGCCACUUUACGGAAGGCCUUGCUGCUAUAGCAUAUGGCUCCGACAACAAAGCUUCUCAUCUGGCAGAGACUCAGGAAGAGGGCUUGCGACAACUCAAAGCUUCUGAUCGUGCCUAUGUUCUACAGCAUUCCAACAAACAAGGCGAUUAUCUCAUGGAGCGAGGUAUCGAUCCUGCCCGAAUUCGAGCACUCAAUCCACCGAUCCAUUCAAUGAGAAUCUACCACCAUCAUAAAACAGCCAAUAUCGAAGAACUUGUGUCCUUCUCAUCGAGUGAAAGAAAUCUUAUAUUUACUGCCGUUGCUCGUUUAGAUUAUUUCAAGAAUAUAGAGCUAUUAGUAGACUCGGCGGUGUCACUCCUCGACCGCGGAAAACUUGUACGCUUACUGAUAGUGGGCGGCGAAGGGACUUCAGACACAGCAUCAGCGAGAUUGAUAGCCCGCGUCCCACAAAAACAUAGCGCUCAUGUCAAGAUCACUUCCAAAAUUCCGAAGGAUGACAUGUAUGCACUCUUUGAUUUUGUACGAACGCAUGGAAUAUUCGUUUGUACAUCACGUUAUGAGACUCUUGGGAUCACUCCACUUGAGGCAGCCCUGAGCGGUGUAACGACAGUGAUGCCUGACUGCAACCUUGUUGAAGCCUCACGUUAUUUUCCCUCAAGCUUUCGCUUCGACCCUACAGUAACCGGGCUUUCGCAUGUAUUAGAAGGGUUCCUUCGAAAUGAGUUGGAAGAUUCUGGACUGGAGCUGCAACACUUCAUUAACAGCUUAAUUUCAGAGGAGAGAUUUGUAUUUGACUUGCUGACGGCAUGGUCCGAAUUCUCACAGCUUGCCCUCAAAAGUUUAGCCAGUUCAAACAGAACCGCCUAUAAUAAACCCACUCGACCAUUGAAGAUCAGAGGUCGAAGAUAUUCCAUGUAA